AUGAGAGGUGGGGAGGAGGAGGACAGAGAUAAUGCACAGAAGGUGACAGACACAGACACAGAUAGGAGGUUGGAGGAGACUGACAGGGACACAAGGAGAGCAGGAGGUGGACCAAUAGAAGUAAAGGAAGAACUAGUCCCAGGGUUAUACACAUUGCCCAUGACUGUUAAGGAAGAAUCAAGAAUUAGCACACCCCCACCUGUUAUCAACAGCAUAGAAGGCAAUGCAGAACCACAACAUUCCACCAUAAAGCAACCAGAUGUCUCAACCUCAGUUAUGUGUGAUGGGAGUGUACACCCUCCCUUGAGACCAGUGCAAACAAACAAAGAAGCCAGCAUUGCUCAUGAACCAGAAUGUUGUGAGCCUAUUCAGAUAGCUCCUCACUCAAAAAUAAGUCAGGCAAAUAGUGAAUCCAGCACUUCACAAGAACCCCAAUGCUUGGGUCCUUUUGUAGAACCAUCAAGCAUUAAGUGUUCUAAAUGCUCAGUGGUACUGUCAGAGUAUUAUCAACUUCUCAGUCAUUCCUGUAUUGCCAAACACCUUUCCAGAGAGUCGAGGAAAAAAAAACUCAAAUGCUACUUUUGUGAGAAGGAGUAUGGUACUAUGUCUGCUUUGAAAAAGCAUAUUAAAACAUAUGUUGAAAAGACAUAUGUACAAUGUAGCAUUUGUGGAAUGCGCCUUAAUCGAGAAAUAUCUUUCAAAGAGCAUGCACUAAUACAUACAAAUCAGUGGCCAUAUCGCUGUCACAUCUGUGGUCAUGGUGCCAGAUCACAACGCUAUUUGGAGCGCCAUAAAACCAUUCAUACAGAGAAGUCUUGGAUGUGUGAUGUCUGUGGAGCCAUGUUUCACAAUCAAAUAAGAUUAAAUACUCACAAAAUAGUGCACUCAGAAAGGAAAUAUGAAUGUGACUUGUGUUUUGCGAAGUUCAAAGGACGUUGUCAACUCAAGAGACAUAAGAAGAACAUGCACUCUGUCAGGGAAAAGUUUCAGUGUGAAGACUGUAGUUUAGCUUUUACAAGUAAACACCAAUUGAAGUACCACAAAGAAGUGAAACAUGAUGAUAAUUCUAGUGGAGAACGUUUCAUUUGCUCUGUGUGCAACAAAGAAUUCAAACGUAGAUUUGCUUUCAAUAAACACAUGAAUAAGCAUACUCGUAUAUAUGAAAAUGGUUUCCAGCCACAAAAGUGCUUGGUCACUUAUCACAUGUAUGUCCAUCAGAUUUCCUCCCUAGUCCGUGUACGUCGCACUCAACUAUAUGCUGCAUGGUUUGACUCUCUCUGCACUCACAAUUGGGGUCCUGGGAGAAACCCCACUUUUUCAAAAAAUAUCCGCACCGACCAACACCUGUCCGCAGACGAUUUAGAGUUACCCACACUCUAUGUUGGAGUUGGAAGCCUGGAACUCAUUGAGAUGGGUCCUCAAUAA